AUGCCAACAGCAGAGACGACGACGCCGGUGCCGGCGCUCUCCGGGCAAGGCCGGACAGUUUGCGUCACCGGAGCUGGAGGGUUCAUCGCCUCGUGGCUUGUGAAGCGCCUCCUCGAGAAGGGUUAUACAGUCCGCGGCACGGUCAGGAGCCCUGUCGAUCCAAAGAACGACCACCUGAGGGCCCUUGACGGCGCCGCCGAUCGCCUCGUCCUCCUCCGCGCCGAUCUGCUGGAUCCAGAAAGCCUUGUCGAGGCCUUCUCCGGCUGCGACGGCGUCUUCCACGCCGCCUCCCCGGUCACCGAUGACCCUGAGAUGAUGAUCGAGCCAGCAAUCAGGGGCACACGGUACGUUAUGAUGGCGGCGGCAGACACCGGCGUCAAGCGCGUCGUGUUCACGUCCUCCAUCGGCACGGUGUACAUGAACCCCUACCGUGACCCGAACAAGCCUGUCGACGACACCUGCUGGAGCGAUCUUGAGUAUUGCAAGAACACCCAGAACUGGUAUUGCUACGCCAAGACGGUGGCCGAGCAGGGCGCAUGGGAGGUGGCACGGAAGCGAGGCCUGGACCUGAUCGUCGUGAACCCGGUGCUGGUGCUGGGUCCGUUGCUGCAGCAGACGGUGAACGCGAGCACGGACCACGUGAUGAAGUACGUGACGGGGUCGGCCAAGACGUACGUGAACGCCGCGCAGGCGUACGUGCACGUCCAGGACGUCGCGGAGGCGCACGUCCGGGUGUACGAGGCACGCGACGCGCACGGCCGCUACAUCUGCGCCGAGAGCACCCUCCACCGCGGCGAACUCUGCCGCAUCCUCGUUAAGCUCUUCCCAGAGUACCCCAUACCCACAAAGUGCAAGGACGAGGUGAACCCUCCGGUGAUAGGAUACAAGUUCACGAACCAGCGGCUCAAGGAUCUGGGGAUGGACUUUGUGCCGGUGCUGCAGUGCCUCUACGAGACAGUGAAGAGCCUCCAGGAGAAAGGCAUGCUGCCCGUGCUUCCGCCAAAAGACGACCAGGACCAACUCCACAAAUCAUGA